AUGUUCCCAUCGUCUGGUUUCUUCGCCCAGCUGCCCUGUCCAGUCUGCCGGCGCGGCUGCGACCGACCCCACUGCUGGUACAAACAUGCCGAGGACAUGCGACAUGUUUGCGGUUAUUCUUCGCCGUCGUCUGGGUCGAGGUCUUCAUUAGCAGUUGCCCAAUAUGGCCAGCCAUCAGUCUGGGGUGUGGCUCAAGUCGUAAACGAUUCCACAGAUGAGCUCCAGCAGAUCAACAAGAAGAUCAAAGCAGCCAAGUUCGAAGUCGAGCGAGAGCAGAGGCGCCUGUUGGGCUACUGCGCCGCGGACAUCACCCCUACUGGGGAGGAAGGCAAAAAGGGAAAUGGUGAUUGGUACGGACAAGCUAAUGCUGUGCCUUCCCAAUCCAGAAAAUACGUGGUUGACAAUUCCAAACCGAGGACAGACUUGGAAUACGACCCCAUGUCCAAUUUCACAGCCGAAUUUUCGUCCUACAAAAAGACUUUAAAAGGGAAGAGCGUGUACCAGUGUGACAGAAAAAAGCCAAGUAGCCAGCAGGUGGCGACCUCCCCCCCUUGCUCUCCUGGGGUACAGCAUGACGCCGAUGAUGAUCCCAUCUUGACCGUCAAUAUGGCUGCAUCACCUGACAGGAAGUCUGCUCAGGCAGACUCAACUGACAGUGAUUCUGAUGCGCAAGUGGGACCAGAGCUGGAGAUAGCCCAGGAAAAGGCCCGAGAAGAAUCUGCCGAAGCUGUGAUUGACCUAACUGAGAGUCCGGAAGCCCCCGAUGCAACGAGUCCCAAUUCCUCUCAGUGUUCUCAAUCAGACGAUGAAGAAACCGUGCAUCAUCACAUUUCGAACCAGUAUGACGAACCACUUUUUGUGGAAGUCCCCAGGUCCGUUGAGUGCCACCCUCCCAAGAAGAGCGUUCAGGAAUUUGGUUCCACCGCUAAAUCCAAUACACGCCAUAGCCACCAGGAGCUGACCGAGAACGACGACGACGACGUCAUUGUCAUCAGUUCCAGCUCAGAUGAGGACCAAGACGAUCUGGACAUUGAGCUGUCUGACGGCGACCCGACGGAGGAGUGCUACCGCAUCUUCAUGGAGGCCAAAAACCAGGAGGUGGACCGCCAGGAGCAGCCGGUGGAUCCUGUAACCGUGGUGACAUCCCACAAGAAUGAGAUUCCAGCCGUAAAACCCAAAGAACUGCCAGAAAAGAGGAGGAUUGCACAUGAGUCCAAAGAGACAGAGGUUCCAGCAGCAAAAAGGAGACCAGAACCUCAGAUUCUGUUUCCACUACGAGGGCCAGUAACGCCAGCGGCCACGUCUCUGCACAAGGCCGUAGUUUUGAAGGCCCCGAUGAAAGGAGACAGAGCCUUCCAAUCGUCUGUUGGUCAGAAAAAGCAGGAGAUCCGGUCUGCACCAGUUCUUUCAGCUCCCGCGGCACCAGUCACCACUUUGCCUCCUCAAGAGAAUGUGUACAUAACCCCAGGCUCCACUGUGCUCAACGUGGGCAACAACUUGCAUCUGAUCCUGCCUCAGGGCGCAGUCCCAAUCACCUCCAACCUCAGCGAUGUCACCUCCGUCCUUACUCCAAUCACUCCAGGACACUCGGUCCCCAUAGCCAACAGGCCCGCCGGUGACUCAGCGGUAAGGCAUCGCUCUGUCACCCCUCUGCUCAUUCCUGCCACCCCUCUGAGAUUCUCCAGGUCCUCCAGGGCAAUGGCGCUUUCCACCACUGCUGGUAACGCGCCUAGCCGAUUGGCUGAUAAGCCUGCCACCACUAAACGAAAAGGGAAGCGGCAGGUCGACGAAGCCAAAGCCAAAGUUCCCCACGACAUCCGACAACGCUACGUCACUCAGUUCACCGAAGUGUUCCUCGAGUCUGUCGCCAACGUCGACGAGGCCUUCAAAAAGGCGGUGGCUGAGGAGAAAGUUGUGUACAACCGUAGCGUCAACAAACUCAAGUAUCUCAGCGUGGCUGUGAAUGCUCUCAAAAGGUUAAAAAAGCAGAAUUGUGUCGCCAUGAGAGAUGACUCUUCUUUGUAUGACUUUUUGCGGGACUACAUACUGAGCGAAGAGGAGCUAAUUGAGAGGAACUUUCCCAUCCAGCACCCAGAAAAAGCUGGCUGUGCUGUUCUGUUCGCCAACAAGAAGGCCAACAAUGACCCCAUGAAGAGGAUUUGCUGUCGCUGCGGAGCCAUGUACUCUGUCAACAGAGCGGGUAAACACACCCGAAUGGAGGAGUGCAACUAUCACUAUGGUAAAGGAGUGGAGAAGAGAGUGCCCGGCGGAGUUGAAACUCGCUACAGCUGUUGCCAGGGAGUGAUGGGAGCACCCCCUUGUCAAAUAUUUAAGUUGCACGUGCACGAUUCCCUGGCCAUGGAUGGCUUUGUGGCCAGCCGCCCCAAACAUCCUGAGGAUACUGGGUGCCCCGGAGUCUACGCACUUGACUGUGAAAUGUGUUACACCAUUCAAGGCCUGGAGCUAUCACGAGUGACUGUUGUGGACUCGAGCCUCCAAGUGAUCUACGACACGUUUCUCAAGCCGCACAAUGAGGUCAUUGACUACAACACCAGAUUUUCAGGUAUCAGUGAAGAAGAUGUGAGGGACGUCCAAACGUCUCUCGCGGAGGUGCAGAAGACCUUGUUGAGCUUCAUCAGUACCGAAACCAUCCUGAUCGGGCACGGUCUGGAAACUGAUCUCUGUGCCCUCAAGUUGCUCCACGGCACGGUGGUGGAUACAGCAGCAGUCUUCCCCCACCGCUUGGGCCCCCCACACAAGUUGAGCCUCAACAGACUCACAGCUGAAUACCUGACCCGGAUCAUCCAAGAGAGCGUGUGCGGUCACGACACAGCGGAGGAUGCCGUCGCCUGUAUGGAGCUCAUGUUGCUGAAGCGUAGAGACUCCAAAGGAAAAAAAUGA